GGCUCCUCACAAGCUGCAUACACGCACACGCACUCGACAGCUUCCGAUCGUAAGAACCAUGAAAGUAAUAGCGUACUCGGUGAUGUUGGCCGAGACCCCGGGACCUCGAGGCCGCUAAUAGGAGCCUCGACUCUCGAUCACGGUUACCCGCUGAAGCUAUUCCCGUGUCGCAAGUGGCUGUGGUGAAGCCGUCGUGAAAUGUACGACCCGGAGUCGCCCACGGGUUCUCCAGUCACUGUUGUGCAAAGCGUGAAUGGGGACUCUGAAAGCUCAACGAAUGAAGAUAGCAAAGGCCUUGACAAGGAGGAAGAUGACGAGGUGGAACCGAAUCUUGUGGCCGCUACAAAGGCGGCUCGAAGUACGACUCGCCCGUGCAUCAAGGGCAAGAUAGCUGCGAAGUCUGCACAGAAGGACCACUGCGAUGGACAAGCGCCAUCAUGUCUCAUGGGCAUUACGGUGGACAGUGUGCCGGAAAGUGUGAAUGACAUUCUUGCGAGUGGGGACUGCAGUGGUGCAGUGGCUAAGAACUGUGCGGUAGCUCUCUCGUCGAUGCAGGACAGUAGUGAGCACCCUAGAGACAGUAAAGCGGGAGACUCAGCCACCACAACAGAUGUGAAAGUGAUGGCAGAUGAUGAUGAUGAUGACACGGGCCAUUCUGUGGAUAGUUCUGUGCAGGACGAAUCGAGUGUGACAUCUGCAGCCGACAGCCAGACAUCGUCAAGUGAUGCUGGGGUAUCCAUGAAAACCAAGCAGAAGCAAGGAAGAAUGGGGAGAGCAACUGCACAGUCGCCAAAGGCCAGGCGGCGAAGGGCAUCCGAGGAUAUGCCCAACUUCAAGGGCCCUGCCACACGCCAGCGCAGCGUGAGGUUGCGAAGUGGGGACAAGAGGCGAGGCACCAGCGUGGCCCAGUCGUGUCCGAGCAAGAAGGCGCGACCGAAGAAACCACCAGCUGUGGCAAAAAAGCAAGCAUCGGGAGCAGCACAGGCAAAAUCCUCGAACAGGGGCAGCACAUCCUCAAGUCUAGAAACAGCGGACACGGAACCUGAGGUGAACCAGGAUGAAAGCAUGCAGGAUGUGUCUAGUGUGGACAUGGAGAAGGAUGCAGCGGACUGUCUCAUUGAUGAACCUCAUGACAGUGAUGCUGUAGCUGAGGGCUCUCAGGCCCUUGCCAGUGCCUGUGAAAGUGAUUUGACUAAAGCUGGCAAAAGGAGUAGCGAGACAUUUCCUGAUGCCAUGAAUCAGUUGGUGAGUUCCACAGCUGCUGAGGAACCUGAGCUGAAGGAGCUUGUGGAGCCAACUGAAGAAAGUAUCCCGGAAAUUCAAAGUACAGCCUGCAGAGAGUCAAACCAUGCAGUAGUGGCCUGUGAACUCGAAGGCGAACCUUUAGUUGUCAGCCAGAUCGAGGCAAAUUGUACUACCGAAUCUGACAAGGAAACGGACGUGGUCCCCCUUCAUGUUGAAACAGUUCCUCCAGCAUUGGAGAAGACUGAAAACUUGACAUCAGUGCCAUCUGGCAGGUUGCUGGACUCUGUCUCGAAGGCUCAAGAAAUUGCAGAGGCAGCACCAAUUAUUGACAGCGAGACUGUUGCAUCUCCCUCCUGCCUUUUGUCACCUACAGCAUCAUCACCAGGCGAGGCGAAAGUCGCCGACCAUCGGGACCGACGAUACUACAGCAGUCCUGACAAGUGUAGUGCGCUUGAUAGUCCCGAGAAGGGUUCAACUACGCCUAGAUCAUCGAGGCGCAGAACCAGAUGGCAAGACGCGGAACCCAACACCGUUGCUGAGCCACCUGCUGUGCCUCUCUUCGAUUGCCCAGUGUUGCCAGCAGAACAUGUUAAGUCAGCUUCUAGCAAGUCCCAGAAUAUCAACACGUCGCUUCCGCCACCCCCACCGAAGGCUCCGUCUCCAUCACUAAGGGCCCCCUCUCCACCACCGAAGGCACCAUCUCCACAGAGCAAAGAGUGUGUUGCCACGCUGGAUUCGAGCCGUCCUGAAAAGGUGAAGUCCCGCUGGCGGCGCAGCAGUGAACUUGAGACUCGUGACACACCACCCAUUCCAUCGAUUUCUUCACCAGUAGCCCGCAGCUCCCCUCCGUGUGAAGCUAGGAUGCCCUCCAUACAUGAAGAAGUGACUCCAGUUGGCUUGAAGGAGAGCCCGCGAAGGAGAGAGCGUAGCAGCCCCACAUUGGCACUGCAUUCAAAGGAUUCCAAGGGGUCCAGAGGGACGAGCAGCCGAGAGCAGUCUGACAGCACAGCCUCACCCAGGGCCUCCAGAGAUAACCACAAGCUUGAGAGUAGCAGCAGGGACUACAGGGAUGGCAAGGAGAAUAGGGACUGCAGGGACAGCAAGGUUAGUAGGGACAAUAGGGACUACAGGGACAGCAAGGACGGCAGGAAUUACAGAGACAGCAAGGAAAGCAGGGACAACAAGGAUAAAGGCAGUGCCAGCAGUGCAACAAACGGCUCUUCUUCCAAGUCUAUGGGCUAUGAGGAUAUUGAAGAAAACCUUUACCUUUUUGAGAGGCGCAAGACGAAAAGCAAGAAGGAGGUGCGCCGCAUGAUUUGCGACUGCUCCUUGACCAAGGAUGAGAAAGACAGGGGCAUCAUGGGCUGUGAAGAGGACUGCCUCAACCGCCUACUCAUGAUUGAAUGUGGUUCCCGCUGUCCUAAUGGUGAAAAUUGCAGCAACAGACGAUUUCAGAAGAAAAGCUACAUCAAUGUGGAAAAGUUUAUGACUGAGAAAAAAGGCUGGGGUCUACGCACCUUGGAGACAGUCUCUUCGGGCACAUUUGUAAUGGAAUAUGUGGGAGAAGUACUCACGCCAGAAGACUUCCGCAAGCGGGUCAAGCAGUAUGCCCGGGACAACAACCAGCACUACUACUUCAUGGCACUACGUGCGGACGAGAUCAUUGAUGCCACUCAGAAGGGCAAUGUGUCGCGCUUCAUCAAUCACUCGUGCGACCCGAACUGCGAGACACAAAAGUGGACAGUGAAUGGUGAACUCAGGAUUGGCUUCUUCACGAGACGACCACUGAGAGCUGGUGAAGAGUUGACCUUCGACUACCAGUUCCAGAGAUAUGGCAAAGAGGCGCAGCGCUGCCACUGUGAGUCUAGCAACUGCCGGGGCUACAUUGGGGAGGACACGAAGAUGACGCUCAAGUCUGGCCGCAGCCAGCUUCCGAAACGAACCAGCAGCAGCACCAGCAGCAGUACAAGCAGUACCAGCAGUAGCAGCACCAGUGCGUCCGCUAAGAGGGUCGAGGAGCGCAAGCGAGACACGGUGGAGGACUUGGCGAUGGAAGAGGAGAUUGAAAAGUUGAGUGGUGGAUUGAAGAAUCGAGAACACACAUUGCUUCUAGCCAGGCUAAUGGUCCGAGGAGAAGACAUAGACACACGGCAGCGACUCUUGAACAUCAUCAAGAACACAACAGAGACGGCCUGCCUUCGCUUGUUUCUGGAUUACCAUGGUCUUUCGCUGCUGUGGAGCUGGAUGGCAGACAUUCCCGAUAACGAGCUUGCUCUCAAAGCCGAGAUUCUGACGGUGCUCCGUCAACUGCCCAUCCCCAACAAAACGAUGGUGAAGGACAGCAAGGUGAUGUCAGUGGUGCACCGGUGGGCAUCUCAGCUGUCUGAGCAAGGGAUUACAAAGGACUCUGACAUUGCGCCACCACCUGACAAGCGGGCCAAGGUGACCAGUGAGGAAGCUGACAGCGAUGCCUCAGAGAGUUCCGGUGGUCAGACACCAGCAUCAGCACCUGGUCAGCGCUCUCAGACUGGGUCUGUGGUCUGUUCUCCGGACUCUACAAACCUGGUUGAGAGCGGCGACUCGACGUCGAGUGAUGGGCCCAAGGAUGAGCAAGGCACCAAAAUGGCCAAGGAUCUUUCCGAGCUUGCAUCCACGCUUUUGGACUCAUGGAGCUCAUUAAAGGAAGUCUUCCGGAUCCCUCGCCUGGAGCAACAGAAACGUCGCGAGGAUGAGCGCGAGGCAGACAGGCGAGAACGAGAACGCAAUCGUCAGCAGAAGAACCGAGAAUCUUCUUUCAGUAGUCGAGACUCCAACUCUCGGCGCCGCAGUCCUCCAUCAAGUAGCCGUGACCGCAGUGACAGAGACUAUGAAAGGUCAUCUGACCGUAGACGGUAUUCUGCUUCACCUGAGCAAAGAGAUGACAGGAAGCCUUACCAUCGGUCAUCAGACCAUCGUCGCUUUGGCAGUAACAGUGGGAAGGACACCAAACCUAGAAAGACGCUACUUCCGACACCACCUCGGCUGACAAAGGAAGAGCGUCGACAGCUGUUUGCACUGGAGGUGCAGCAGAGGGACCAGGAGGAGGCCCUGAGGCGACAAUUCAUGGUACCCCCUGCCACUGCAGUGCCGCCAGGCAUAGUGAUGCCUGCUCCCGCUCCACAGGGUUUUAUGGGAGCACCGCCUGGAAUGAUGCCCAUGCAAGGUGGCUGUCCGAAUCUUCAAGUGGCCACUCCUAUGGUUCCCGGGCAGCCGCAGCAACAGCCUGUGUAUGUUUAUGACCCGGCCACAGGUGCUGCCAUGUAUGGGGCACCUUCAUCUCAGCCCGCAGUGACUUACUAUGACCCCCAGACAGGGGCACCCAUUCCAGCACCCCAACCACCCACUCCUCAAGACUACAUUCUGCAGCAUAAUCCAAUGCUGAGUGGGUCUCAACCCAUGGUGGCUCCUGGCAUUCACUCGCCAGCAGAGGGAGGCCCUCAUGUAAUAAUGCAGGCACCAGGACCAGUGGUGCCAGGACAGCAGCCAAUGAUUCCCGGAGGGCAACCCAUGAUCCCCGGACAGCCAAUAAUGCCGGGACAGCAACCAAUCAUGCCGGGACAGCCACCACUUGUACCAGGGCAGCAGCCAAUGCUGCACGGUCAACCACCCAUGGUGCCUGGACAGCACUUGAUGGGACCUGGUCAACAGGCACCGUUGUUGAUGACGGUGCCUCCUGAAGAGGCUGUUCCGCAGCACCAAUCCGUGGCUCCAAAUAUUCAGGACUACCAGGCACUGGCUGUGGCAAUCAGCAGCGUGACUAACAAGCCACCUAGUCCAGUGCCGAUUCAGUCCGAGUCCGCCUACGUGACGGACCCCAUGCAGAUUCCACUGCCUCCACCGCUGUCCCCAGACAGCGGGGAGGCCACACCUCAAAAUUUUGACCCGGUGUCAUCUCCCACCUUGGACAGCACAGACAGCAGAUGUUCAGAGCUGCCUCCUCAGCAGGAGACACGAGGGGAGCCCGUAGGCACCACUGUGGAAAUUGCAGUGCCAACCGUCGACUACGACGAGGACACUCCCUGCGGCACACCUGUGCUACCGUCUCCCAGUCAGGCAGCCGUGGCCUUUCCUUCUCCCAUUCAGCAGGCUCCAGUUGCUGCACCUUUCACUGUGGUGACUCCAGGGGCGGCAACAACGGAAGGUGCACCGGCCAUGGCUCCAGGCGCCGUGUAUCCAGCCAAUCCGCAACCAAUGGCCCCUGGAUAUGGCCCCGGCUACGGCUCUGUGGGUUCUGGUGUGGCUGCUGGUACUGCACAGGGCAUGCAUCCACAAGUUUACUACUUGCCCCCGGUUGCACAAGCCUUGCCCUCUGAGCAGCCUCUGGAGCAGCCAAUAGAGCUCGACAGAGAAGCAUCAUCUGGCCGUAUCUGCAGUCCACCACCUCAGAUCCACGCCCCAAGCAAGAAGGAUGGCCGACUGCCUCCCCACUGGAAGACUGCCAAGGAUGAAGAGGGAAACGUUUACUACUACCACGCACUCACCAGAGAAACGCAAUGGGACCCUCCUGUUUGGGAUGAAAAUGAGGAGGACAUGGAGCUAGAAACCCCAACCUAUGAUGAACCAAAGGUGAACAGCACAGUAGGCAGCUCAAGGGCGAAGAGAUCGAGCAAGAAGAAAGCUGUGACAGUGGCUGCUGACACUUCAGAAGUGGCCAAAAAGAUCAAAGAAUUGUUUCGUUCCAAGAUCUCUUCCCACAUUGUGCACUGUCUGAACCCUUUCCGCAAACCAGAUUGCAAGCUGGGGCGAAUUCAAAGCACCGAGGACUUCAAGCAUCUUGCCCGCAAACUCACACACUUCGUGAUGGCCAAGGAGCUGAAGCACUGCAAGAACGUCGAAGACUUGGAGUGCAACGACAAUGUGAAGCACAAGGCAAAAGAGUUCAUCCAGAAGUACAUGGCCAAAUAUGGCCCCGUCUACCGGAAGGACAAGACUGUCUCCCCCAAGGACGAGUAGUGCGCCAUUGAUUAUGCACAGAGAGGCAAACUGCAAGUAAAUGAAGGGUGGCCGACAUGACGCUGAAUACUGCUGGCCAGCGUUACCAAGGCUGACUUCUGUCAUCCUUUGACUGUCUUCGAGGCUCUAAUCCAGGGACCACUAGACUGCCAGGCAGCAUUACUCUUCCCAUGUGUCACAAUGUGAUAAGUGUCGCACAAUUGCCGGAAACUUCCAGGCAAAACAGUCGGUUGUAAGGAAGUGCAUUGGGCACAAGUGCCUGGCCCGUCAAGUCCUGUAACAGUGGCGUUACACCACUGGCAGGCCACUGGCAGGCAGCCAGAGGUUUCAAGCUAUUGUCGAAGCGGCGGAGUCUACCUAAAGUGCUUAUCUGUAGGCCUGCACAAGUGAAUGAACACUUGGUCCUGUACUGCUUUUCCCAGGAAACAGUUCAUCAGAUAGAUUACAGUUGCUGGGAGCUGUUUUGUGCGAGUACAGCUUUAGCGGCCGAUUUGCACUUUGCAGGCCAGUGUGAAUGGAUUCAGCGGGGAUGCCAUACACUUUGGACAGGUCAAAGCGUCCCUAUUUCUUUGGCUUCAAAUCAUUUGUUCAUACCAGUGAUUUUCACCUAUUCAUGGUGGGGAAUUGAAAGUUAAGCUUUUGUGAUGAACUGGUUCUGUGCUGCCAUAACGUGAUGGACUUGCCUCCCAUUUAUUUCUUGCAUGAUUUUAGCUCGUUUCUUUCUUCAUUAUCGGAUUUUCUUGUUGUCUCAUGACCUUACAAAACCCAAAGGUGAACAUUCUAACACAUCUUGUUUCUGUAGUUGCUGCUAAUUCAGAACAACUGUGCCUGUAUGAAUUGUGCUACUGAUGAUUCAACUCCUUUUCCCUUCAUGUAGUACACAAGACGCAUGAUUUUUUCUGAGGAAAGUCGCUGACAAUGCAUGUAACACUUAUUGAUAGUUGUUGUGCAAGAAGAGUCAAUCGUGUUGGAAAUCGAUUUGGAGGUGUCACCAUUCUGUAAUUAAUUCAUAUUGCACUGGGAUCGGCAAGAAACGACGGUCCCCUCUUGUACAGUCUCAUUGCUAUCACUUUUUCGACUGAGGUUGCGGAAGACUCUUUGAAGCGCAACUUUCCCUCACAUAUGCCCUCACCUCUUCUUUGUCUUUCUUUUGUGUACAUAAAGUUGUUCAAUUUAUCUUUAUUUAACUAUUAUGUGAAAUGACCUCGCUGCACGAUGCUCGUCAUAUGCUGUCAAGUCCUCUCUGACGACGAUGCAUGGCUUAACAAUAUUCAGUGCAGUGUGGAAAUGUUGACACCUAUAAUUUGAGCAGACUCCUUUUGAGCCAAAAAAGAGUCGCGAGUUCGCGCUGUAAUUUUUCUUCGUUCAUUUUGGGGGCAUUGUAAAUAUGGUAAGAGCAUAUACGUAGAAACUGUCAUCUGAUGUACAAUAAUGCCACAUUCAGAUGGCUUGAUCCAAUGAUUGGAAUAAAACAUACAUAUUUCAUA